CACACACAGCGCCUCGCGCAGCGCUCGCGCACACGCUUUGCUCCGUGCCGCUUUGCACCUAUUUUUUCGGCGGGAAGUUGGCAGCUCGCGCCCCGCAGCUCCCGCCGCGCGCAGCCCCUCAGGGGAUGGAGGCAGCGAUGCCGCUCUCGCCGCCGCUUCUCCUCCUCCAGAGCCGCCGCCGCCGCCGCUUCGUUGCACGUUCGAGUGGAAAAUUUUCGGGAGUCAGCAGAAACGUUGUAUCCAAAAAAGACAAAGCGGCGGUCGCAGCAGCGCCGAGGAGGCCGUCCCCGGAAAAGUUGCUCCCGGUUUAUUUCCUUUAAGACUCCAAGCUUAAGCUUGGAGACCCCAGCCAUCACCAUUGAGCCCAGCAGCUGGAGCGGCAGCGAGAGCCCUGCCGAAGAUAUUGAAAGAAUGAGCGAUUCUGCAGAUAAACCUAUUGACAACGAUGCAGAAGGUGUCUGGAGCCCUGACAUUGAGCAGAGCUUUCAGGAGGCUCUAGCUAUCUAUCCACCAUGUGGGAGGAGGAAAAUCAUCUUAUCAGAUGAAGGCAAAAUGUAUGGUAGGAAUGAAUUGAUAGCCAGAUACAUCAAACUUAGAACAGGGAAGACACGGACCAGGAAGCAGGUGUCUAGUCACAUACAGGUCUUAGCAAGAAAGAAAGUUCGAGAAAUUCAAGCCGCCAUUAAGGUGUCUAGUCACAUUCAGGUUCUUGCCAGAAGGAAAUCUCGUGAUUUUCAUUCCAAGCUGAAGGUAACAAGCAUGGAUCAGACAGCAAAGGACAAAGCACUCCAGCACAUGGCAGCAAUGUCAUCAGCUCAGAUAGUCUCAGCUACUGCUAUUCACAACAAGCUGGGCCUGCCAGGAAUUCCCCGUCCUACAUUUCCUGGGGCACCUGGGUUUUGGCCUGGCAUGAUUCAAACGGGGCAGCCUGGAUCCUCGCAAGACGUAAAGCCAUUCGUUCAGCAGGCCUACCCUAUACAGCCAUCAGUCACAGCUCCCAUUUCAGGAUUUGAGCCUACGUCAGCUCCAGCUCCGUCGGUGCCUGCGUGGCAGGGCCGAUCGAUCGGUACGACCAAGCUCAGGCUGGUGGAGUUUUCGGCUUUCCUUGAACAGCAGAGGGAUCCCGAAUCAUACAAUAAACACCUCUUCGUACACAUUGGACACGCAAACCAUUCUUACAGCGACCCGUUGCUUGAAUCGGUGGACAUUCGUCAGAUUUAUGACAAAUUUCCUGAGAAGAAGGGCGGUCUAAAAGAGCUGUUUGGGAAGGGGCCCCAAAACGCUUUCUUCCUUGUAAAAUUCUGGGCUGACUUAAACUGCAACAUUCAAGAUGAUACAGGAGCAUUUUAUGGAGUCACCAGUCAGUACGAGAGCUCAGAAAACAUGACAAUCACCUGUUCCACCAAAGUCUGCUCCUUUGGAAAGCAAGUAGUAGAAAAAGUAGAGACUGAAUACGCAAGGUUUGAGAAUGGCCGAUUUGUGUACAGAAUAAAUCGCUCUCCAAUGUGUGAAUAUAUGAUCAACUUCAUACACAAGCUGAAGCAUUUACCAGAGAAAUACAUGAUGAACAGCGUGUUGGAAAACUUCACGAUUUUAUUGGUUGUAACGAACAGGGAUACACAAGAAACCCUACUCUGCAUGGCUUGUGUAUUUGAAGUGUCAAACAGUGAACAUGGAGCACAGCAUCAUAUCUACAGGCUUGUAAAGGACUGAGCAGUUAUUUAUAUAUACAGUUCAUUUCACUUCUUUAUCAAAACACAGACUGUAAACCUCAACACUAAGUGGCAGUGCCUCUGGCCCAACUUUCACCCACAUUUUUCUAAAUCCUGUUUUAGUGAGUCAUUUUUAAUGUGUUCAUAUAUAAUUGUAGCUGUGAAAUUCUGGUACAGUUGUAAAAAUUAUUUCUAAAACUAAGUGUUCUUCAAAUUUGUAAACCACAGUUCUUUGGGAAGACUGUAUUUAAGAACCUAAUGCCUCUGUCUGUGGAGGCCUAUUUUUAAUUCUGAUAGAAAAAUGUAUGACAGAGCAUUUGCCAUGGGGAAAAACUGACAGUGUCUAUAAGAAUUUUUGUUUUUUUUUCCAACACAAAAUACUUGUUUUACAAUGCAAGUGAAAUUGAAAUGAAUCUUUAGCUAUAACUGUAAAUGAGUACACAAAGUUAAUUACCUUUAUAGAAUUAUCUUUGUAACUAAUUAGGGUGGAAGAUAUGGACAAAUAUAAUUCACUAAAUUAUUUUUUAAAAUGAAACAUUUUUCUGUUUGAAACCAAAUGAAAAAAAUAUAGCCUUAAGAAAUGCCUGUUAAGAAACAGACAGGUCCUAAAAUUAGGCAAAUUUUGUAUUUUUUUCUCAAUGCUAAAACUAAUCUUCUAAACCAUUAAACUUUCAAACAGGUAUUGCAGAGAAAGAAAACAUCAUCCCCUUACCCCUAACAUAUCUAGUGUAUUUUAAAAGAUUAUAAAGUAUUGUACUAAUAUGAAAAUUUGAUUAUUUAAUGAAAAGAAGAUGGCUCAUUUUGCAAUAAGUAGGUAAAUACUGAAGAUUUAGACUCACAUUAUAUGUAGUCUUGUGUGUGCAGUUAUAUUUUAUAUGGACAACUAUGUUUUCUAGUUAAGUUGAGUGAAAAACUUGCAACUCUGAAAUUAAUGGAAACAACUGACAUUGCUACAGCAUUGAGUAAUUCGUAAACUGAAAGCAAAACACUAAAGUGUUUGAGAGAAGAAUGCAUAAACCUCUGAAACGAUCAACAGCUUUAAUAUCUGUGAGACGCUAGAAAAUCACAACCAAUAUCAGGCAAAGAAGUUUGGAAAGUGGAGAUUAUUUUCUCCUCUUCCUUUUUAUCAUGGUGCUCUAACACCUCUCUCCAGUUCUCUCUCCAGUUCCUGCUAGCAAAGACCUUACGUGAAACAAACACGUACGUACCACAUGGGUUCUGAUGUCCUUUCUGCAUCUGGAUGUGAUAGUAUUCAUCCUUCUGCUAUAUCAGGGAAGACUCCAGGAAGUGAAGUGCAGCUGGAGAUAUUUUAAUACUGUGCAGGUUCAAAACAAGGAUGUGGGCGUGAAUGAUUAUCUGAGGUACGCACAUGUGAGAUAAGUAUUCUCAUUCUUCCUACCUAAGGCAGAGUGUUCCUCAGUUUCUUUUCUUCUGCACACCCAGCACUGUCCUUCAGCUGCCCAGGCAGCAGUUGUCUCAGCAGGUGCUGGGCUAGCAGCGGGUUCUCGUGCAGAACAUUUGUCUGAAAGGCUCAGGACUGCUUGGCCAAGCACAAGCCACCUUAAAGGUCAGUCAUGAGGUAUCGGCAAAGAGUGUUCUUGGGAAGGUCUUUUGCAGCUCUGAAUCAAAGAAGUUAACAUUUAACAGCUCCCUCCUCACUGCCCUUUACAAGCCCGUGCAUGAUUUAUGUCUAGAAUUUACUCCUUGGCAACAGUGCCAUAGUCUUUGAAAAAGUCUCACUUAAUUUCUGGAUUUUUUAAAAUUGUAUUGUACUCUGUCAGAAUUGCCAAUUAUUGAAUUAACUAGAUCAGAAUAUUGCCUAGACACAGAGUGGAUUGUUGUGGACUCACGCUAAAAUCAUCUGAGGGGAAGGGAGAUUGCAUAAAUUCCUCAGCCUGCCGCUGGUCUAAUUCUAGUAGGUGGAUGGUUGCUGUGAUGUCUAGCUGUGGAUAUUAGGGCUGAUGAUCUUUCAGUUUAGAUUCUGUGAACGGAACAGUGAAAUAUGUCCAUGGUAAGGUCUCUUAACACUCAUUUUUAACACUAACAAUCACGACAGGAAAAGCACUGCAUUGUAACAGCCUAACGGUAGCCCUUUAUUCUAAGCACUUGGUGUUACAAGUCAAAAACUACUUUUUUGUUUUAUUUUGUUCUAAAGUUGUCUUUUAUUUAGGGUUUGAAUUGUGGUUUUGGUGAUCUUUUGUUUUAAUAACAAGUGAACUCAUUGAGGCGUAUCAAGUAUGUAAGUCAAUUUGCAAAACCAGGUACAGUUUUUUUUAAUAUAGAAUCUGGCACACUAAAUACGUCGUAACUAUAGGGUUUAAAAAGUCACAAUGUUUAUUGGUGUUCACGUAUGUAAUAUUAGGGAAACUACUUCCUUCAUCUUUUCUUUACACUUCUGUAAAUGAUCCAUACCCUGUAUACGUUAAUUCUUAAAAGCCUUAAUCCUUCAACUGUUCAGUGUGUGGUGUGUAGUCCAACAGGCUGCCUGUAAACUGUGAGCUCUUUUGUAAGCUGGAAGUAUUUAUCUUGUUACUGUUACUUUUUGUAGGAAUCUUUUAAUUGAGAGCUGCCAAAGCAUUACAAUAUGCAGUGCCUUAGCGUUGUAUUAGAAAUACCUUUAGCCUCUUAACAUAAAUUUGAUACAUUGUUUUAUUAAUUGGUUCCAUUUUUAAAUAAACUGUAUUUUUCCCCGCAGAAAAAGCUCCUUGACUGCUUGGUCUAAACCAACCCUCAGUACAAGUCAGUCCCAUCGCUACGCGAUUAAAUGUCUAUACCAAAAGGAAAGGUUACAGAUUCAUAGUUCUCCGUGAAAAGUGAAUUGUAUUAAUAAUGCUGCCUUUUAAAAUUUCAUGACCAAAUAAUUAAUUGUGACUCUUCUGCACUCUAGCAUGAAAGUGCCUUUGGUUUGAAAUUCCAGCUUAGAAAAGUGCUGCCAUAAUAAUGACAAUUUGUAGAGAGACCAAAAAUAUUUAGUUAUCACCGUAAUGCCUUUGGUUUAUUGGAAUAAGUUGAAACUACAGGCCUCCAUUCACAAAAGAGCACCAUUUAUAGCAAGGUAAUUUUGCUAAUGAUCAACCUGCUGGAGAAUACUGUACUGUUUGCCAUUUCUGACAGCACUACAAACCAGCAACUGAUUUGUCUAUGAUAGAAAAAUGAAAAUGGUUCACAUUUAUUUUGUCUUCAUCCAGCCGUGUGUCUGCAUAAUGAGAUCCACGCACUGCAGAAUUUCAGACAGUGGACAAAUGUGACUUUAUUGUUCUCCUCUAAUAAUAUUUCAGUCUGUGAGGAUUUUUUUGUUUAGGUGGAAGACUUUGUUUACAAAACUGUGCACGCUGAAGGUCAGAUGCAUGAAACAAGAUGAAAAUGGAGAACAGACAAUAGCUAGGGUAAACGUGAUCGUGUGUUUUUAAGCAUUGAACUGUUAAGUGUGAGCGUUGUGGAUGAAGGUGCUGCUGGAGAAACUCCGGCCAGCACUGCUCAAAACACAGGGUUGCUUUGUUUUGUUUUUCUCCCAUAUGAUGUCUUGGUAGAAAAAAUUUAGCUCCUCUUAAAAAUGUGUCUGUAUUUGAUAUCUUCUGUGAACGGGGGCCGUACUGUGUACACUAUAACUAAAACUGAUGGGAAGAGGAGCAAGAUUUUAAGAAAAAGAUGUUAGAAAGAACAAAUAUCAGCAAAACCAAAAGCUGUCAGAGGGAUUAUAUAGUUGUGAAUACAAUUUUAACUUGAUUUUUAAAGUAUUUGAUGAAAUCUAAGAUUAACUUUUUAUAUAUAGAAAUAUUGUGACACUGUGUGGUAAAUAUUGUGAUAAUUCAAAUUCCCUGUCUCCAAAAUAUUAUUUUUGUUAAUCCUUCAAGGUCUAAAUCUCUCUUACCUCUGUAAGACAAGUAAUCCUGUUGAAUUCGAUGAGACCGAGGUAGGGCAAAGACGAUUUCGCCCUGCAAGUAGAGCAUAUAUUUUCAGUUACUACCAAACAUUUCAGUCUUACUAAUCCGUAUUUGUGGUAAAGUACACUUCUGUCUCAUUAAAACAAGCAUAAUGGUACCAUUUGGGGCUGUUAAAAAUCGCUACUAGCAAGUGUAGUUUUACUUACUUGAAUUCCAAAAUGACUUUAUUUAGGUACUGCACCACUAUUUUGAAGGAAUUGCAGAUGUAAUGCCUGUUUCUCGCUUUCUCUUUCUACUGCAGCUACAGCUCAGUGAGGUUGGCAGUAGCUUCUUCCGUUAAAACCUCCACGGUGUAGGCUAUUUUAAGUAAUGAAGGGUGUACAUUACUGUUGAAUGUAAGUAACUGGCCAGUUCAAGGCAGAUACAACAUUUGACAUACUAAUCCAUAUCUAUUUAUUUUUCCACUGCAGCUCCUAGAGCAUACUUGCUUUGGAAGCGGUUCCCCUUACAGUUUUCCUGGAUCAUUCAUAUUGAGAAAUGUUUUCUCUAUUCUUUGCUUGACCCAUACCGAUCCACAUACCUGGUCAAACAGCAGAUGUGAUAACAGAGUCCCGUUUUGUACUUUUCUCAGGAUGAUCUCUUUUCCCCCCUCCUAUCUUUCAUAACACGAUGCUUAGCCCCCUAAAAAAAGAUCAAGGCUGGAUAAUUCAAAGUACAAAACACACUUUGGAGAUCUUCAUCUUUUAACUUUUCAGGUCAUUCUUGCUGAGAUCAUGUAAUUAGUUUAGCAUGUAAAUUAAAUCUUAAAUGCACUCAGUUGACAAAAAGGAGACAGAUCCCUGUUACCUCCUUUCAGAAUACGUGUUUUUGUUUUUGUUUUGUUUUAUGGGCCUCUUUGAUUCAGGCUCAUGACUGCAGACAAAAAAUACAAUAUGUGCCUGAAAAAGAAAGACAAGAGAAUUUUAUAACAUUGAAAACCUGAAUAGCCUUUAAUUCUUCAGUACAUUUUAUGUAAAACAGGUUGGGGUUUUGUUUUGUUUGGAUUAUUUUUUUUUUUUGGCCAUGUGCAUUUGUUCACAUUUGUAAAUGACUUAAUGGAAUUCUCACUUUAUGUUUAUUUGUGUAAUGUGUAUAAAAUGGGUUUGUGACUUAAGCAUAUUCAUAUAUGGUCAGUGGUUACUUUAAUAUUGUACUGCUGCUGGUAACUUUUGAUGUAGAACUUGCCUUUUGAUGAUAAAGUACCUCUAGGUUAGACAGGGAGGGAAGGCUCUUUGAAAAAAAAAAAGUGAACAUUCUCCAAUGUUUUCUUAACAUAUUUGCAGAAGCUUUCAAAAGGAGUUUCAGUCAAACCUCUUGGCAGUACAGUAUUCUUUGUAUUUGUUAUUGUCUGUGUGUAGGUACUGGUACCUUUUUUUGUUUAAAAUGUUUUAAGUGUUGGCUUUAAAGUGAAUUUAUCUUUAGUAUGAUAGUAAUAUGAAAAUUAUAGGUUUUGUGUGCAGAGAAUUUUUUUAUAAAGUGCUUUGUAAAAAAAAAAAAUGUAUUCUAGCUUUCGCGGUACAUAUGUGUGAUAACUUUAAUAUCCAUGACAGUUAAGUGCAAUUAUUUCAUCACUCUAAAAAUGCUAUUUUUGUGUCGGUUACUGCAGGUGUUUUCAUGUCUUUGCAAAGUGACACAUUUUGAUGCCUUCUUGAUAAAGUGGUAGAAUUUUUGUAGCUUUCUAGAAACUUUGUAUUCAUACAGUAUCGAUUGAAAAUAAAGAAAAUGAAAGUGU